AUGCCAGCUAAAACUACUAACAAACGGCCAAAAUAUUUCACGCCGAACGAAGUGAGCAUUCACAAUACUUUGAAGGAUUUAUGGGUGUCUUUUUUAGGUAAAGUGUACGACUUAACACCCCUUUGUGAAAAACACGCAGGUACGUUUUUUAACUAGCUUUACUUUAACAGUUAAGCUUAAUGUUGUUUUCAUUUGAGGAGGUAAUACACGAUAACCUUAUAGACGUUUGAUACUUUAUUGAAGGUGCUAUAAAAUCUUAAAAAUGUAUUUUUGAAGGAUAACAUGUUUUUAUCCUUAAACGUAUUUUAAGAGCGACUUAAGAAAUUUUGUAUUUGACGGGUUGAAAAACUUUGGCAGUGACCAUAAGAGGACGUGUGAAAUGCUACAUGCACUAUUUUGCGUGAAACCCAAAUAUUAGUUUAUAAACUAUUAAUUUUAUCGGCUUGUAAAAUUUAUUAACUUCUGAACUGGGUUUUCAAGACUGAAUGUAGACGAAUUUGGCAGUCAUACUGGCAUUUUGGUCUGUAAGCAAGAGGUUAACUAACCUCGUACUGGUUAGCCUACAAAUACAGAUAUUUUUGUGGUUGUCACUUCUCUCCACCUAAAAAAAAACGUCUGCGAACCCGAGCCACCGAAUGAUUUCUGUGAUGCAGGACAUUAGUCAAUCACAGUUUACCUCUUAAAAACCAAGAGCUAACUCGCAAGAAUUCUCACAAGAUUCGUGCAUGGUGGAUAUGUUUUAAAGGUUAAAACAACUGGACAGCAUUUUUGCGAAAGGCUUUUUCCAGGAUUGUGGAACUGAUUGAUAGGGGGGGCAUUAGGGGGGGUCUUCAUCACGAGUUCAUGAACAACAAUCUUGUGUUUCACGAGUCACGAAACAAAUAUUUAUGUCUUUUCACUUCUCAAAAAUAGUGGUCGUACAAAAUGUCAGAAACAUUACGUUAGUCCCAUUUUGCAAAACAGAGUGCUUUGAUUAUAUUUUAGCAAGUUAACUAGAGUUUUACGAGCCUAAUAUGAAAAACACCGCGCAGCUAUUAAUUCCCUAGGGAAACCAGCUGUAGAUGGGUCUGCACACUUAAGUGUGAAGUUACAUCAAAAGACUCAAAAGUGAAGUUAAAUCAAGCCAUCAAGUGCUAGUUACGGUCGUUUGGCCAAAUUAAUGAUUUAUUUUCUUCAAAUUGAUCUUCAAUGUACAGUACGUAUAAACAAUCAAGGAUUUUUAAUUUUGGCAGUUAAUUCAGGUUUCACGGAGUGCACUUCAAUCGUGAUUCACAGAACAGUUUUUCAGUACAUCACGAUUCACGGAUCCCCAAAAUGGUUAAUCACGACAUCAUAAGCCAAGCUUUUUCAUACACAUAGCUACAUCCCUGGUAACCCUACAAUAUUAUAGCUGAGUGCUAGGGUUUAACCCAAGUGCCAUGGGUAAUACCCUACCUGCCCUGUAAAUUAUGCUCUGCUAGGGAUAACUUGCCUACCCAGGAAAACUUUGCUCUGUCAUGCAUGACCAGUAGUCUUGAAUAUUUGAAUGGAGUUGUGAGAUGAACGUUUACAAAAUAUCUGAAGAACAUGUGAUAAGGGUAUGGGAAAAUGGGCAACAAAACACGUGCAACCUGUCUUGCAACAUUGUUGCAAAACAAGUUGAAUAGCAAUGUUGAACGUUUUACCACCCACGUUCAAACCUGUUGACAACCUGAUUUGUAAUGCUAGACAGGUUUGAUGUGGGUGGUAAAAUGCGCACCAUCUCUAUUUAACUCGUUUUGCAACAAUGUUGAAGGACAAGUUGCACAUUUUUUGUUGCCCAUUUUUCUGUGCCUUAAAAUAAAGCUCCUUCAUUGAUACUACAUGUAUAUUUUAUUUAAGGUUUUCAUUGUCUCACCUAACAGAGUGUAAACGCAAAGAUUGCAGUCAAAAAGUUGCAACUUAUGCAGCUGGAAAAGAAAGCGUUAAAAAAUUCAAGCUUGCCAUGAUUAAAAAAUUUGACCUCUGCGAUAACCAGGCUUCCUGGGAUUUGAAGUCCGACCUUUUCAAUGUCAGCUCAGUGCUGUAACCAUAUUGAGCUAGCAUGUUAGUCAACUCACAAACUCAUACUUCUCUAAAGCCUUAUUAAGUGACAGUCACAUGGGAACAAUAGGUCUGAUCUUCACCUGCUGAUUGUUGUUGUUGUUUAAGGUGAUGUUCUUUUAAAACCAGUCAUUGAAGCUGCAGGAAAGGACAUUAGCCACUGGUUUGACAAGAAAACAAAAGAUGUACGUAUCAUGUGUAUAUGGUGGUUAUUUUAAGCUUUGAUAUUUCCAACCGUGCUGCAAAAAAGGAUCCUCCAGGUUCCCCUGUCAACGAAAAUGAUAAGCUAUUGAAUGGCUUGUUUGCACCAUUAUUUCAAUUUCAAUCAUACUCCUAGCCUUUUAAUUUGUCAUCGUAACAAAAUUGUCUAAACCAUCCUAACUAAAAUUGCUACUGACAUCAAGUGCAUAAUAAUUAACUUAUCCAAGUGGCUUCUCAGAGUUAACUGAAUUUUCCCCCCGCCCCCCCCCCCCUGUAAUUAUUCAACUUUGUACAGUACAUACCCUCUGGAAAGAAUACUUGUGUCAAAAAUGUUGUUGCACUAUAUUAUUAUGCGAAAGAUAAUUUUUUCUAAGAUAAAAUGACAAAACUUUUCAUUCAUGUUAAUAUGAUGUCUAAUAACCUCAAGGACAUUCUUAAUUAAUAAUUAACCAUAGAGGCGAUACCUUAUACUACGGACUACACGAAUAAUUUCAUCUGCAAAAGAACCAGUUACAUUCAAAUUAACUAAAAACCCCAUGAAACUAUCACAGCUGUGAAAAAAGCAUUUAGCCGACCGUAGAUUAAAGAUGAUCAAUGCAAACAAUAAUACUUGAUUUGAAACACCUGUAACAGUAAAAUAACUGAUAUUAGCUUACUCCACAAAGGAGCUGUUAUUAGUCUCGCUUGCGUAAGCAGCGAGACUCAUAAUCUGCAAGCCGUUUUUCUUCUUAUUUAGGACACAAUAGGGCGGUUGGGGUUCCCAUGGAGACCAUGGAAACUGUGAAUAAGAAUUAUUGUGUGACAGAAGCCAAGCAUGUUUGGGAAGAAAGUUUAGGAAAGAUUAAUAAAUGCGAUUUAGAGCUUUUCCAGAACAGGCCAGUCCACGAAUUCUAUCACUUGAAAGAGUUGAUAACUUUAGAACAAGUGAACUUCAGUGAUUAACUUCAGUGGUCGGAAAAAAAUCUUAAUUAGCAAAGGCUAACUGGUAGGGUGUUUUAACUUUUAUUGUAUGCAAAUAAGUCUUGUGAUGAGCAUGCGGUUUAUUUUUGGUAAUGAUUGAAAUGACAUACCAUGUUCUCAUCUCUGGCAGUGAUGUAUUUCUCUCGAAUCAAGGCCCUUGAACUUUCCUUAUUAUUAAUGCAUAUAGAUGCAGACAAAUCUCCAUUCAUCACUAACACACAUACUAAAUCAAUUCAGAAACAAAUUGUCGAAUAUGAUAUAAAAAGUAAAUAUCCUGGAGAACACUCGACCACCAAUUAAGUGGGAAGUGAAAAACCUUUGGCGAGUAAAUCCUGUUUCAUCUAGAAUUAAUCGCCUCCUCAUUUCUUGUCUAAUCUCCAAGCAAGUGAGACUUAAUUCCGAUAUUAAGAGCGUUCUUGUUUGUUAAUAACUCAGUAAUCUUACUCAGACCCACUGGGGAAAAACCUCUGUAAGUACCCCCCCACGCCCUUGGAAAUUGCCCUCUUUUGGACCCCUCCUCCCCUCGGAAUUCUGUUGCCCUCCAUGGGGAUAUGGAUAUCCUCUGGAACUACACAUUCUUGGUACAAACUCAACCUCUGUUCUCCAAAUUUGUCAUACAAAUCUCCCCUAAACAGUUGUAUCACUUUGUCCUAAACUAGAAGAUUAUAUAUUUUAAGACUUAGGUGGAUUUUUUGACAUUCAUUUGGCCCAGAUUCGAACCCACAUUGACCCUGUAACAAAGUGCAAAUUCUACUACACUCCAAGAGGACGCUUCAUACACACACCUCCAAGGUGUCCCAGAACAGACUGGGCAAAUGAUUUUGGUCGUCCAUGGUGGAAAGAUGAAUCAUACUGCAUUGGCGUGCUUUCAGCUGUAACUAGGAAAAUCAAAAUUAUCAACACACUGACUUCACAAGAGCAAUGCAUUGAGGUAUUAAUUAGUCUUACAAAACAAAUAACAUGAGUGACUGCUCAAACAAUAAUACCAAGCAUGCAGAACAGCUAAUUUUAUCAUGUUUCUGUUCUUUUUUGCUGGUGAGCAAAGGUCUGAACAUCAGUGUGUGCAGAAUCGCUCCAUGCUUCCUUUAUGCUUGUUUUCACUCACAUGUAUGGUAAAAUCCCCAAAAUAAUAACAUUCAUUCAUAAUUUGCAGGCUAUAAAAAUUACACUACAGUAUGUUAUUUAUAAUACACAUGGUCCGGUAAAUUUGUUAACUGGUAAGAAAAAAUAAAAAGGGGGGGGGAAACAUAAUUUGCACAUAAUGUUGUCAUUAUCAUCAUGCAAGGUAUAAAAUACUUGUCAAUCAUCAAAAUAAUGACAAUUGCUUUUAUGUUCACUUUUAGAAAUUACAAAAAUAAUUUUUCAUCGCCUAGAAUGCUACUGUCUUUUGCAACAUGUACUUACGGUGCACAGUUUCUUAAUGUGCGGCAUAAUAACUGAAUAAAUAAGCUUUCAGAAAGCCAGCUAAAGACCGACUACUCUCGUAAAAGAAUCGGUAGCUGUCAAUCACCGUACCGGUUUAAUGCGUAAAGUGUAUUAGAUCUGACUGCGUGCGACGGCCAGACAAAUAUUUGUCAAAUGGCAAAAGAAAUGAGCGGAACACUUACCCCUAUUUCAUCGUUGCGUUUCAGUUUCGUAAACCGGUCAAAGCAGCUCAUAUAAAAGACGCGCUCUUUUAUUCGAUUGUUUUCCAUUGCGUUGGUCGCGGAGUUAAAAAUAAUAAAGUUUUUCUAUUUGUAAGACGAAUGAGGUGAAGUAAAUGCAAGAAAGAAUAUUAUUCUCUCUUGGUAUAUGUUAGUGGUCAAACUAACAUAGCCACAUGCUGACGCAUGAAUAAAGUGACUUGCCGAACAGAUAUUUAGCCUCAAACGUGACCUCCCAUGCAAAAUAGUGACUAAAGUAGUCGAUUUUCAAAGCAAAAAGUCAGAACUUCUACAAGGUCUAAAGAGUCACCAGCGGUCUUGUAUUUUUUAUUGACGUCUCUUCUACAAAAUCUAUAUGCUGACACUAAUAAUUUUUAUAUAGUUAAGGCAAAAAAGUGUAAAACUUGAGCCACUCUGAACAGUUUUGGCCGUUUUUUCUUUGUUCUGGCCUCGGUUCGCUGAUCAUCAUUUCAAAUUUGGCGCUCAGAGUGCGCUUAAAUUUCCUCGAUAUGUCGCGUGAUUCUGGGCAAUGUGUUAUUUCUAAAAGGGAACAUCGCAGCAUGCAGUGAAUACAAUUUUUUUUUUGAGCUUGUGAAACUAUACUACUACCACAUAUCUUUUUGUACAUAGACCUGGAUCCCACCACUGCCCAGCCUACCUGUGUAAAUAUCUUUCCACAGGUUUGUUCAGAGGAAAUACUGAGUGAAAUCCAAGAUCGUUAUCUCAAGUACAAUGCACAUGCAGCCAGUUAUACUUGGAAAUACAAUGGGAGGAACCUGGACAUGAACAAGACCCUAGAGGAGAAUGGAGUCGUUGAUGAAAGUGAGGAGUUUUACAAACUGAGAAUGAACAAUGAACAAUUUCUACCUGCCAUGCAUUUAUACUUUAAUGAUGACCUCACAGAAGCAUAGGGCACACUGAGUCAGUCACACUGAGUGGAUUUAGUUACAUGUUUGUAAAUAUACUUCUUACCUUUGAUUAAUCCUGUAAAAAUGACUAAUAUGUGUAAAUUUUUGUUUUGGUCUUUUUUCCCCCACUGGGAAGGGGGUGUAAAGUAGUAGUAUAGUAUUGUUUGACAAUUUCCACAUGUACAAAACUAUGGAAUUUUUUCAAGACAAAUAAUAAAACUGUGAAAGGUUUGAACCCA